UGCGGCGUCAUCCUCUUGACGCAUGCGUCGUUUCAAUAGACGGAUUCUUCAGAGCCACAUACACAGUUCAUAUGGAUUUCAUUGUUUUAUCCAUGUCUCAACAGCAGAGUGACGACUUCGUCCUUGCUCUAGGGGGUCCCGAGACCCACGUCACCGACAGCUGCCCCGCCUUUUGAGAUGACGUCAGUCGCUCGCCUCCUCCCACAUGCAGCGGUGGUCGCGGUGUCUCGCAGCGGCGGUGACACACUGAAGUACCGAAGCUUUCUCGUCCAGAACAUGAACAUUUUCUCUUUCGGCAGAGGAGGAAAAAAAAAGUCUAUCUGGUGGUCGAGUUCUGCUCAUGUUCUCUCGCCUUGUCACCUGGAAACAACAUCGGCAACUCUGUCAAGGGAUGUCAGCCAUCCUGCUCUAACCUGCAGCGACCAGUCUUCAGUGAAAUGAGCUCAGAGGAGCGAGCGUCCACCAUGUCCCAGAAGAUCUCCUCCCUGUCACGCAGCAACAGCAGCUCCUCGUCCAAACAUGACAGCAGACAGGACAGCUGGGAGAUCGUGGACGGCGUGCGUGGGGGGGGCAGCAACGUCCUGGAGCCCCAAAGACAGGAGGGCUACCUGCUGAAGAGGAGGAAGUGGCCGAUGAAGGGCUGGCACAAGAGAUAUUUCCUCCUGGACAAGGGCGUCCUGAAGUACGGCAAGUGCAGUGCGGACAUUGAGAAGGGGAAACUCCACGGCUGCAUUGACGUGGGACUCUCUGUGAUGGCCAUUAAGAAGAAAGCAAAGUGCAUCGAUCUGGACGCUGAGGAAAACAUCUAUCAUCUAAAGAUCAAGUCCCAGGAGCUGUUUGAUGAAUGGGUGUCCAAGCUCCGUCAUCACCGCCUCUAUCGGCAGAAUGAGAUCGCCGUCUGCCCUAAUGAGAAGUCCUUCUACUACCCCCACUUCCCCUCCCCCAGCUCCCCGUGUGUGACUGACAGUGCCUCCAUCAGGAAGUGCAUGUCUGUGCGCAGACAAUCCAGCGUGCACUCCUCGGGAGUCUUCGCAGCAGGCUGCACCAGUCAAGCCAAGGUGGCCGCCUGGCUGCAGUCGUCUGACGACUUGGACAAGUGCUCCAAAGAGUUGUCUGAGUGUGAGGCCCACAUACUUGAGCUCAACCACCUUCUACAAAGCAUGGAGGUCCUCCAUCGUACCUACUCUGCUCCCUCUAUCCAGGCCCUUCAGGCGUCCACGUUCGACAGCCCCAAAAAGGAAAAGAGGCUUCCAAGAAAGUGGCGAUCCAAGAACUACAACAAAGAUGUCAAAACCACACUGCAGGUUCCCAGCUGCAUCUCCUCUGGCUCCAUCCGCCUCCACGCCUCCAACCCUAACUUGUCCACCGCUGCUCUCAACAAUGACAAAGUCGACCCGGAGUCUGCGGACUGUGCGUUUGAUGUGGCCAAGCUGCAGGAGGAGUUCUGCCGAGUCGCCACAAACCUGCACGCCACCAUGAGGUCAGCGCUGACGUCGCUGACCUUCGAGAGGGACAGACUGAGACAGUGUCUGGAUCACGAGCCUUGCCCGCCGACCUCUCCCCAGGUGGUUGGAUUGAAGAACGCGCUGACGACGGCUUUAGCCCAAAACUCUGAGCUGCGAGAGCGCCUGUGCAAGAUUCAUGCUGAGUCCCAGAUUGUAGAGCCGUCUCUAACAAAUGUCACUGCCCCUCUGCAGAAACAGGCGUCUGUGGAUGGAGUGCGUCCUCUGGUGCAUCAGGCGUCCAACGAAAGCAGAGCUUCCAUCGCAGAGUCGCUGUCUGAGUUCUUCGACGCCCAGGAAGUGCUGCUGUCCAACAGUUCCUCUGAGAAUGAGGCAUCAGAGGAUGAUUCGUACAUCAGCGACGUCAGUGACAACAAUUCCAUGGAAAAUUUCAGCAAUGAGACCGAAGCAGAGAGACAAAACGCCGGCUCAGCAGAGGAGGGGUCUGUCCUCUGCCAACGCAGGUCCCGUCUUCCGUCACCGAGCCCAAACAACAGCACCAUCAGCCUCUGGAAUAUUCUGAAGAACAACAUCGGCAAAGAUCUGUCCAAGGUGGCCAUGCCGGUGCAGCUGAACGAGCCGCUCAACACGCUGCAGAGGCUGUGCGAGGAGCUGGAGUACAGCGAGCUGCUGGACCGGGCCGCCGUCACCCAGGACCCAUUUGAACGAAUGGUUUAUAUCGCCACAUUUGUGGUAUCUGGAUACGCUUCUAGCUACUACAGGACAGGAGGGAAACCCUUCAACCCUGUCUUAGGAGAGACCUAUGAAUGUGAGCGUCCAGAUAAAGGCUUUAGAUUCAUCGCAGAGCAGGUCAGUCAUCACCCGCCCAUCUCUGCCUGCCACGCCGAGUCCAAAAACUUCCUCUUCUGGCAAGAUGUACGGUGCAAGAACAAGUUCUGGGGAAAGUCGAUGGAGAUCGUACCUGUCGGCACCACGCAUGUGACCCUCCCAGGGCUUGGGGACCACUACGAGUGGAACAAGGUGACGUCAUGCAUCCACAACAUCCUCAGCGGUCAGCGGUGGAUCGAGCACUACGGGGAAAUCUCCAUCAGGAACUCUAACAGCAACGUCUGUCAGUGCAGGAUCACGUUUGUGAAGGCCAAGUACUGGAACUCCAGCGUCAACGAGGUGGAGGGGUUCAUCACGGACCAGAAAGGGAAGGUCGUCCACAGGCUCUUCGGGAAGUGGCACGAAGCUGUGUUCUGCGGAGACCCGCCUUCAGCCAAAUGUGUCUGGAGAGCAAACGCCAUGCCUCUGGACCACGAACAGUAUUACGGAUUCACAAAGUUCGCUGUCGAGUUGAACGAGCUGGAUCCGGCAGUGAAACUGCUGCUCCCUCCCACCGACACCAGGCUCCGUGUGGACCAGCGGCUGCUAGAGGAGGGGAACCUGGAGGAGGCUGAGGAGCAGAAGCAGAGGAUCGAACAGCUGCAGAGAGACCGGCGGAGAGUCCUGGAGGAGAACAGCGUGUUGCACCAACCCAAGUUCUUCAGGAAGUCCAAGGAUGACACGUGGGUGAGCAACGACAUGUACUGGGAGUUGAGGAAGGAUCCUGGAUUCGGCCACAUGGAGUUCCCCACCCUGUGGUGACCGACGCAGAAGUUGGCCGUCUCUGUCCAUUAUUCUGCCUUAAAUGACAAGUGCUUAUUUAAUUUACGUCAACACGUUUAUGCAAAUAGGAGAAUGUCAAACGAACUAUUUGGACAACAAACCGGUGUUGAAGCUGUUUUUAUGGACAUUCUCUACCUCUGAGCAGAACAAGCCUUCAUUUGCCAUGAAACCUGUUUAUCCUGCCUGAUGCCUUACUGGUGUUUAAAUUGUAUUUAUUUAUUUCAUUGUUUUGAUAAUCGUGUGUGUUUUUAAAGACAUGCAACUUCUUUUCUCAAUGCACAAUGGUAACUACAUCUAUUUAUUCUUUGGCUUAUGAUUGUGUAACUACGAACAGCUGUAGCCAUUUUACACAACUCACCUUUGUCUUACCAGGAGCGUCUGCUGUGAGCGCCAAUAAAACAAAUACCAAUCUCUUCACUGUGUGUCCGAACAGAGGUUCUUUUCUUGCAUGUGUUUAUAGUAUGCACAUGGACUGAAGGCAAAAAUCGAAAACCAUACAAAACUAGAA